GGCAACUGAUAGAGGAAGUCUUAUCAUUCAUUGAUCUCAAGGAGAUGUCUAAAGUUGUUAAAACUCCUGAAAUUAUUCUUCACAAUCACUCUCAUCGUUUCGAUUUUAGAAAAUUACUUCUAAAUAAUUGUUCCCUCUCCGUACACUUCAUUCGUUGUCACGGUCUAGCUUUGAAGAAAUGUUGGGAUUUGAUAUCUUCAAAAAUAAAUCUCUCCGAAGCUGAGAUGGAGGAGCUCGCUCUCACGUUAGAUUGGAAAUUGCUCUCUCGAUAUCACAAAAUGUCUGAACCAUUCAUCAGAAAAUUCAGACUUCGUGUCGAGUGGGUUCGUGUAAGGAAAUAGCAAAAUGUAUCACUUAAAUUUCUUCUAGAAAACGCUCCAAAACAAGAAUGAUGUGGAAAAAUAACAGAUGAUGUGAUUAAAUAACAUCAAGUGGAAUAGGUCUCCUGAGGAUACUAGCAUCCUCCAAUUCCACCACCUCCUGCUCUUUACUUGCCUUUCCUUGUCUUUUCUCCAUUUAUAGGUCUUCUACUUCGAUACCAAUUCAAAUUACUUGACGAAGCUACUUUUAUCCAGUUUUCUCCCAGAACCUUACCCGUGUACGCGAUGGUCGUCAUCGCACAUGGGUCCAAUUUCAAAAUUUUGUGGAUUUUCAAAAGUUAUAUAACACUCAAAAUUGGGGGGAGAAGGGUCCCUUGUACUCAAUAGGGUACUUUAGCACCUUCUAAGCCCUUUUGCCUCAAGCGUUUGCCCCUAAAACAAAAAUUUUGGUAUCUACAAAAAUUAGCAGCGCUCGUUCUUUUCCUAUGAAAAUAUACUAUUGACGUCAUUUGUAUAGGUUCAGCGUGACGUAUUUAAGCUUUUUCCUUUAAGGUACGUUUGUGACUUAUGUCUUUCUUCGAAGGUGUAAUUAAAUAUCGUAAGAUUUACAGUUUCUUUAGCUGUUUACUGGAUGUGAACCCUGCUGUAGAGAUCCGUAUAAGAUUCAAAAGAAGAGAAUUUUAAUGAAUUUUUUUCGUUAAAAAUAUGAUGACUCUUAUGGUUCCCUUCCUGUAUAAUUGUGUGGCUCAAAUAUUUACUUCCUUAAGAAUUAUUGUCUCCUUUCGUGUGUAAUAUCGAUUUAAUAAAAAAUUCUAACAUAAAGUGGAUUGGGAAAA